CACCUCCAACCCUCCUGAACACCGCUCACCGCCCACCGCCCCGAGUGAAUCUUCCGCCUCAUUGCGCAUCCUCGACGCCUCGUCCCAAACCCCUCCACGACCCGGAAAGCGCCGCGUCACUACAUCUCCCACCAUGUCGGCCAGAGUGCAGCAGGGACAGCGGCCUGGAGGCUCCGGCUCCCGGUUCGCCCAGUUCAAGCUGGUGUUGCUCGGUGAAUCCGCCGUCGGAAAGUCCUCACUCGUGCUGCGCUUUGUCAAGGACCAAUUCGACGACUACCGAGAAUCCACCAUCGGAGCCGCCUUCCUCACCCAGACCAUCGCCCUCGACGAGAACACAACCGUAAAGUUCGAGAUUUGGGAUACCGCCGGCCAGGAGCGCUACAAGUCGCUCGCCCCCAUGUACUACAGGAACGCAAACUGCGCUGUAGUAGUAUACGACAUCACACAAGCCGCUUCACUAGACAAGGCCAAAGCAUGGGUCAAGGAGCUGCAACGCCAGGCCAACGAGAACAUCAUCAUCGCCCUUGCCGGCAACAAGCUUGAUUUGGUCACCGAGUCACCUGACAAGCGCGCCAUCCAGACAGCCGACGCGGAGCAGUAUGCCCGCGAGGCCGGCCUCCUCUUCUUCGAGACCUCCGCAAAGACGAGCGAGAACGUCCGCGAACUAUUCACAGCCAUCGCCAAGAAGCUACCGCUCGACCAAGCCGGACCACGCAACCUGAGGCCCGGCCAACAACGGGCAGGUGUAAACCUCAGGCCCGAGGCCAACCAGACCCAAGGACCUGGAGGCUGCAACUGCUAGGUGUUCUACGAUGUCGUGGUUUAAUGUACAGGCAGACUGCGUCGUGUGUACUUUGUACCAGUGAGCGAGUCUGCGCCACCCAACGAGUUACAAUUUGGCAUGUUACCAUCUCCCAUUUCGCGUUUCCGUUUCCCGUGGACAUAUCUGGGCCUCUGGAGUAAGGUUUUUCGAUUACUGCAGAUUCUGCUGUGAGUUACAGAAGAGACAUGGGGCUACCUGACCAAUCUAUUUAAUGAUUUCAAUAUCCAUA